AUGCACAAUCCUCUUACGGAUAUUGCCAAAAAUACUUUUGGGCUCAAAAAGAAGUCUAUGGCUUCAGUGGAGUUCAGCUCAGUCACUUCAGUCGAGUCUAUGGCUUCUCCAAAGGCAAUGGCAACAAUGACCGAACAUCUCCCGGAAGAAAUCAUAACACAAAUCCUCUAUAGGUUACCCCUGAAACAAGUAAUCCGUUUUAGCUGCACUUCAAGGAGAUGGAGGUCAAUUGUCUCAGAUCCCCAAUUCGCAAAAUCAUACUUCAAAUUCGCUUUUGAGCGGAGAACCCUCAGUCACAGACUCCUGCUCUCCACGCCCUCUCAUAUGGAAUCCUUAGACUUGCAAACAUCGUCGUUUGUGGACGACUCUUCUAUCAGAAAGCUCACCUGCCCAUUCAAGCAACCAGGGCGCACCGUCUUCACUCUCGGUUCCUGCAAUGGAUAUUAUAUCUGGAACCCAUCAACUGGGUUGUUCCUCAAAUUGCCCAACCCGGGCUUUGCCUUGAAAGAAAAUAAAACGAUUUCAUGUCUCCACCAUUGUGGUUUUGGGUAUGUUUCGGCCACUGACAAUUACAAAGUUGUUGUAGCUGCUCCAUCUGAGGUGAAUCCAGCCAUGCCUAUAGAAGUGUUCUCGUCUAAAUCUAGCUCUUGGAAAAGGAUUGAAUCCCCUCCCCACUUCUCCUUGAUGUGUUGGGUCGAUACAACUAGGGACAGUCUUACUAAUGAGGCACUACAUUGGCUCGACGAAUUGCGUGAGCCGGAGCUAGACACUUCCAGAUACACUAUCACUGCUUUUGAUUUAGACAAAGAAGAAUUUCGGGAAAUGUCGGUUCCUAUUUCAGGGAUUCAUUUUGUACUACCUAUCUUCUACACGGAAAGAAGGGUAGUUAUGUGGGGAACCAGAUGUUGGGCUCGGGAGAUGGACGACCACUUGAUAAGGUUUGAUCAUAACGAAGAAGAGAAGCUUGACAGGGUUGCGGUUUGA